GGGAGAAAGUGAUUCGUUGCAUUAACAAAUAAAGAUAAUGCCAUUGGCCGAAAUCCGUUCAACGUAUUCAACAUGUGUCAGUGUCACAAUCACAAGCCAAAUCCAGGAAAAUGAUAAUUGUACAACACAGCUACACAAUCUUUAUUUUCAUUUUUCUUGAAACCCUGCACACUCUUUUUUGAAUAAGUAUUAUUGUUGUAAAAUUUGAAUUAAGUGAAUAGAAAAGGAUGGCAUUUCUUUUGUAGGAAUUUAGUGGGAAUUUCAAGAAAUUGAGCUCGGGUAGAAGGGGCUUGUGUGUCAUCAUGUGACAAAGCUGCUGUUCAGCUGAAAUCAGGCAGCUCUCUCCCUCUUUCUCAUGCCCAUCUUUCUCUGUUUUUAUAUUUUGUUUAUGAUGAUGAAAUUUGAAUAAAAUUAUAGAAAUUCUUGAUGACCCGGACGAGAAAAAUUGAUUCUUGGUAAGUUUUGAGCGCGUAUUUAUGCUUGAAUUCUUGUUUCUUGUAUUUAAGCUUUUCUCUGUGUAUGUGUGUUUCACAUGUGCAGGUUGGAAUUGGGGCAUAUAUACUGUGCAAUUCCUAGUGGAAAUCUGCUGAGGUGAUCAAAGGAUUUAAAAAAAAAAAAUGAGUGCUAGGGUUUAUUCUUGAUUUGUGCUCUCUAUUUUUCUGAAUUUUGAGAACUGUUGCUUUUUUGUGGAAAAAAUUCCAGCAUAGAUUGCCAAAACAUGUGUAUUAUGAUCACCAAUUAAUGAUGUUACCAUAAUAGAAUUGGGUUUUGGGAUUUGGCAUUUAAUUCCGUAACCUCUCCAUCUAAUUGGCUCUGGGAAUAAACUUAGAAGAAUGUCUGAGAGCAGCUUUGAUGUGUAAAUGUCUUCAUCAGUUUGUGAAAAGAGGAUUCUGCCAUCAAGGCACCUUUUUUGCCUCAUAGCAAUAGCAGUGUUUCUAUUGAUUUCCUCUUCACUGUCGCUUAUUGAGUUCCGUGACAAUCCUUCGUCGCCUAGCUCGGUUUUUCAGUUUAUAAGUUUGAGCAAUGCAUCAGCUGGCUCGAAUUCAAGUAGAAAAGGCGAUAAACAGGGGAGUCGUGUUCUUGAUAUUCGUAGGCCGGAGGAUAGGAAGAAUGUAGUUAGUGAGAUCGAUUCACAAGGUUCUGAACCCAAGAAGGUUGAGGAAGAGAGCUCAUCUUGUGACAAAGGGCGGGCUCUCCUUAGGGUAUAUAUGUAUGACUUGCCUCUUGAGUUUCAUUUUGGGUUGUUAGGUUGGAGGGGAACCGGAAAUCAAAUUUGGCCUAGUGUUGAUGAACAGAGUAGGAUCCCGUCUUACCCUGGUGGUCUAAAUUUACAGCAUAGUGCGGAGUAUUGGCUCACUCUCGAUCUCCUUGCAUCGAGUACUGCAAGUGUGAUCAGGCCGUGUAGUGCAAUCAGAGUCAAUGACUCUAGGGAAGCUGAUGUGGUCUUUGUGCCCUUUUUCUCGUCUUUGAGUUACAACCGGCACUCAAAGCAUCAGGGUAAGCAGAGUGUUAGUCUCGAUAGGCUGCUGCAGGAACGGCUGGUGGGAUUUCUGAAAGGUCAGAGAGAGUGGAGGCGAUCUGGCGGGAAAAAUCAUUUGAUUGUAGCCCAUCACCCGAAUAGCAUGUUAGUUGCUAGAGAAAAGCUGGGGUCGGCCAUGUUUGUGCUCGCUGAUUUUGGGAGAUACCCGUUCGAAAUAGCUAAUGUUGAGAAGGAUGUGAUUGCCCCUUACAAACAUAUGGUGAGAACAAUCCCAGCUGCUGGUUCGGCCCCUUUCAGUGAAAGGCCGAUAUUGGUCUAUUUUCAAGGAGCAAUUUAUAGGAAGGAUGGUGGAGCUAUUCGCCAAGAGCUAUUCUACCUUCUCAAAGACGAGAAAGACGUGCACUUUACAUUUGGAAGUGUUCAAUCACACGGGAUUAGCAAGGCGGGUAAGGGAAUGGCCUCAUCCAAGUUCUGCCUAAAUAUUGCCGGAGACACCCCUUCAUCCAACCGUCUGUUUGAUGCCAUUGCAAGCCACUGCGUUCCUGUGAUCAUCAGUGAUGAGAUUGAGCCACCGUAUGAAGAUGUGCUCGACUACUCUGAAUUCUGCAUAUUCGUCCGUGCAUCAGAUGCCGUGAGCAAAGGUUACCUCCUGAAUCUUCUCAGAGGCAUCAAACAAGGGGAGUGGACCAAAAUGUGGGAAAAGUUGAAGGAGAUUGCUGGACAGUUUGAGUACCAGUAUCCGUCUCGACCUAAUGAUGCUGUCGAUAUGAUCUGGCAGACUGUUUACCGCAAGAAAAUGCACACAAAGCUGGAUCUACAUCGGGGGUCUAGGUACCGCAGGUCACAAUUUCAAUAAUGUUUUAGAAUAUUGAAUUCUGCACUAGGAAUUCAUAGAUAAUGUUUUUUGUUAUUCCCAUUUUUGUGGUGUGUAGAAUAUGCAAACUCAGUUUUAGCAAGUUUAUAUUCAUUCAAA